AUGGCGUCGUGGAAUUCAAUUCAGCUGGAAAUCACAUACAGAGUUUUGGGAUGGAUGGGUUUCGCAUGUUGGUCCGUCGGUGGCUACCCACAAGUCAUAUUGAAUUUCCGCAGGAAAAGCGUUGUGGGAUUGAGCUUCGAUUUCGUGUUGCUGAGUUUGACAAAGCAGUCUUCCUACCUCAUAUACAACGCCUCUCUCUACUUCAGCUCCUCCGUUCAAAAGCAGUACUGGGAGAAAUACGGCUAUGGACAGAUGAUCCCUGUAGCAGUAAAUGAUGUUGCUUUCUCAGCUCACGCUGUUUUAUUGACAGCAUUUGUUCUGUUCCAAAUUGCAAUCUAUGAACGAGGAACUCAGAAGGUGUCCAAGAUUGCCAUCGGAAUUGUCAUUGCAGUGUGGUCAGGCGCUGCAGUUUGUGUUUUCGUAGCUUUGCCAACCCAUUCUUGGCUUUGGCUGAUUAAUAUUUUCAACUUAAUUCAAGUUUGCAUGACAGUCGUCAAAUAUACUCCUCAGGCAUUCCUGAACUUCUUGCGGAAGAGCACAGAUGGAUUUAGCCUUGGCUCUUACUUGCUUGAUUUUUCUGGAGGGGUCACAAAUUAUGCACAGAUGACUGUGCUUGCUAUAGAUCAAGAUUCUUGGGUGAACUUUUAUGGAAACAUGGGGAAAGUACUGCUAUCUUUGAUAUCUAUAUUCUUUGACCUUGUCUUCAUGUGUCAACGCUUCCUGCUGUAUCCUUCAAAGAAAGCACCCAUCCCUCCUCCUCCUCCUCAAAUCAUCAGCAAGGACAAGGAGAGCUUGGAGCCACUUCUCCAGUCUUUAUCAGAUCACCCACUCAAACACACUGUCUGA